UUUAUUUAACAUUGUAAAUUAGCUCAAUAAAGCGAUAUGAUGAAUUUUUAAAUAAUAUUCCCACCUCAUAUAUUAAUGAUUAUACUGGUCUGUGCCAGUCUAUUGGCCUAUCAUUUGCGCUUUUAAUUUGAAGGAAACCCCGUCGUAGUCUAUUAGCCUGUUUAUCGGUAACUUGAAAAGUGUGUCGCCGCCAUAACUGGACAAACAUAAAUAUUACCCUUUGUGUAGGGUUUCACCAAGCUCCCAUGAUGAUGUUAUGAUGGAUGAACCACUGAGCAUCGUAAAUAUUUGCUUGGCGGAGCAUAAUUGAAGACAUAGUUUGAAACUACAAACAUGCCUCGACCUUCUCGAAGCAAACUGUCUCCGUGGAUAGAAAACCUAGUCCUGAGCUAUGGCGGCCAGGAGGGGAGCAGCAGCAGCGGGCGGCUCAAGGCUCAUGUCAUCGGAGUGGGUCAGAUGUCCCAGUCCCAGGCUCAGGGCUCCGAGGGUCCCACGUGGCUCCUCUUCCUGUCGGACGGCGUGCUCCAGAUCCCCGCCAUUCUUACUGCAUCAGCCUGGGAGCAUCUUCAGGAGCAGGAGGACCGCGAAAGUUUCAGCAGCCUGGUCAACACCACGGUGUGCAUACAGGACUACCGGCUGCAGUUUCACAUGGCCCACGAACAGACCAAGUGCAGAUUCUUUCUCUCAGUUGGAGAGCUGGCCACGACUGCAGCAGGCCCAGUUAAAGACAACACUCCUUGCUGUACAACAUGUCCCUCUGUCAGGCUCAAGAUCUAUAAGACAUGGAGGGCCCUGCAGGGUCAGGAGGUGCAGGAGUCUCAGAAGAGCCAAUGUGGGUUUGAUUUGUCAGCACUGCUGGGGGAGUGGCAGCAUGACUGUCUGCAGGCUGUUCUGGAUGAUGUUCGGGAGAGGCUGGUGGUAGCAAGCAGCCGUCCUGUGAGCCAGCAGACCUCCACCUCGACUUACACCUCCAGCACAUUCACUGCCACAAGCUGGGAUGUCGACAGGGUUUCAUAUAAGGGAGUGAAAUGUUUCAGCGUCCCCAUAAAAUGUCUUUUCAUUCCAGAGGAAGAUGCUCAGCAGCUGCAGACACCACUUAAUGCUGGAAGCAGGAAACCAGGUGGGCCCUCUGCUGCCUCUGAGGACAGAAGGAGAGAUUUACCACCAACCUGCAAAACCUUAGAGGCUACACAGCCUUCUGUUGAUGUUGCAGAAUGGCGAAUAGCUGCGCCAGCAGUUGCAGAGAGAAAUUGUAACACCAGAGAGAACUCCCCUCUUGCUGUAGAGGGCAGCAUGCUACAUGAGGACAUGAUUACAGGGAUAAUCAACAUGGACACCAGGCACUUAUCCAACCCUUGGGACAUUUUUCCUCCACCAUGUGGCACCUCCUCAUCCUCAGAUGCAUCGCCGGAGGCAACACCAGUCCACUCUCAGUACAAUGCAACCUUAUCCAGCACGCAAAUUCCUGCCCACAGCUCGAGGGAGUCCCAGCAGACAUCAGACCACAGCAAAGGAGAGUGCAGCUACUUCCCACCAUAUCAGAAACCACCCCACGUGACUAGCCUCCCUACUGCUGCCAGUUCGUCUUUUUCUGUGAAUCUACCAGAACCCUUUUCCAGACCGCCAAACCUGUUGCCCACCACAGACAGACACGACUCCCACACAGCACAACUAAAUCUUCCAGCUUUGGACCAUGAGGGUGAGAUUUUGGCACAGGACACAGAGGAGACUGUUGUCAGAAAGUACAGAAAGGCAAAGAGAAGAGAGCCCACGACAGAAGCAGUUAUCACACCAGCAGAGGAGGAAGAAGAAGAAACUCAGAUCACCAGAAGCCCUCCAUCUUGGCUCUUUGACACUCAGGCAGGCUAUGGGGCCAAAGAGGGCAGCGGUCGCAAACGGGGUCCUCCUGCAGGGACUCUCUCAAGAAAGACGCCCACUGUUCACAGCGACGGCAAAGCGUUCUCUUACUCUUACCAAGUGUCUGGACAGAACCUGCAGGAUUUCAGUUUGUUCAGAGUUCCUGAAAGUUUGCUGCACUGGGCGGUGAAGUAUCUUGUUGCUCCACAGAAGAAGGAUAAUCCACACAGUACCUCCAAUCAGACAUUGUCUGACAAGACUGAUGUUAUUUAACUUCAGAUUCAAAACUUUGGAAGACGGUUAACUCUUCUGCUUGUGCUUUUUGUCUUGUCAGACAUUUUAGUCUGCAUUGACCAACUGUUUUCUCAUGUUACUCAUCCAGGGAAGUUCUUUUUGUAGCAUAUAUUUUAAGCACUGACAAAAAAUCUAUUUUGUAAAAAAAUAAAAAAUAAAAAAAAAGCCCAUGUUCCUGUAUAAAAAAAGUUUUAU